AUGGAUGUUCAACCCGGGUCACGGACAAGAUUGGCUGAUCUUUCGGGCACUCCUGACCAGAUAAGCAGAGCUGAGCAGUUGAUAAGUGAUGUUUUUGCAAAGGCUGAUGCUGGCUCAUUUGGCACUAUCUCUAGUUGUGUUGAGCAAUUCCAGAUGCAAAUUGCUAACAACAAGGUAAGCUGGCUGCUUUCUUGA